AUGCGGCUGACUCAGAAGCGCUUCUGCUCUGCGCUGCUAGUCACUUAAUUAUUCUUCUCCCUCUACACGGCCUACAGCGUCUUCCUGAAGCCCCGCCGCCCUGCCGCCUCACGAACUGCUGCGAGGAAGAAGCAUGGCCGAGGUAAGCAUGCUGGUUUGGAAACUGAAGAAUGGUAUCCUUGAGAAGUUGAUGAGAAAAAUGUUUUGCAGUGGAAGUUUGAAAAUAGCCUUCAACUGUUAAAGAAGCUGAAAGUGCAGAAGGAACAAACAGAGCUCAGAGUACAAAUUUGGGGGAAAGCUGCUAUUGGCCUUUACCUGUGGCAGCAUAUCUUUGAAGGUCUGCUUGAGCCUUCAGAUGUAUCAGCCCCAUGGAGAGAAGCAAGCAUCAUAGUAGGAAAAUCGUUCUUCAGCUUCAUCACCAGUCCAGCUGUAGUCCCUGGCUACUUCUCAGUAGAGGCUGACAAAGUGGUUCUAGUGCUGAAUGGCAGAGAGGAAAGAAAGAUCUCCUACGCCACUCAGUGGCUGCAUUAUGCCCAAACAUUAGUACAAAUACACAAGCUGCAGCAUGUUGCUGUUGUGUUGCUUGGAAGUGAACAGUGCAGAAAUGAAUGGAUUUUCUCUUACUUAAAAAGAUAUGGAGGGUGUGUAAUAUAUGACAGCCCCUUGGUGAAUGAAGAAGAUAUUUUCCAGUGGCCUUUGGGAGUAGCUACUUACAGACAUUUUCCUGUAGUUGAACCAAGCUGGUCAAUGCUCUACACACCAAAGUUGUACCAGUGUAAUUUCCUAGGAACCGUUUAUAAGAAUUCAACAAGAGAAACCCUAAUAGAAGUACUGAAACAAAGUGGACUUGAUAAACUUUGUUGGAUUUCAGCCAGAGAAGAGUAA